AGGAGGACGGGGAGGGCCUUAUGGGACGUUCGUCGCAUAUCUUGUCGAUGUUGUGUCGUCGUCGUUGUCUUCGUAUCGGAUACGGUGCAUUACGACAGUACUGCGUCCGGCAGUCCUACGGAUUUCUACUGUGGUGGAUUUCAGGUGCAAGAAGACAAUCCGCCCUAAGGGAGGACGAGGUGAUGGUUCCAUGACAAAUUAUGGAGUUAGAGAUGGAGAUGGACGGGGUGAUGCUGGAACACAGAGACGAGUAUGAAGAGCACGAAGAUGGAGAUGGAGAGGGAGAAGGAGGAGAAGACGAGGAGGAGGAGGAGGAGGAUGAGGAGGAGGAAGAAGAGGAAGAAGAAGCAGUAGAUGGAUUGCUUAUGGACGACAACAGGCAGCAGGAGCAGCAGGAGGAAAUUGUGUGGCAGGUGUUGCUGUUGCUGCUGGUGUACGAAGAGCAGGCGAGGGUGGAGCAGGAGGAGAUCGACAGGCAGACGAAGCUGGAGUGGCAGAGGUUGGAAGACGAGCACAGGAACCGGUUGGAGCAACUGCUGCAGCAUUACAGGCAAUUGCAGGACGACUAUGCAGAGCUGGAUGAAAUCGAAAGAUGUCGAUUCAAGCGCGCCCGAGUGGCUGCGUGCUCCAUCGGAGCUGCUGUCGCCACUCAGCAGAGUGUCCAGAGAAGGCUCUGGGUCAAGAAUCGCUCUCAAGCGUGGUGGGAGCGAUGCAACGAUCCUCGGUUUCCGGAGUUGGAGUUCCACCGCGCGUUUCGGAUGAGCCGGCCCACAUUCGAGCUCAUAUGCGAGGACUUGGGGUCGAUCGUGGCGAAGGAGGACACCAUGCUGAGAGCAGCGAUUCCGGUGAAGCAGAGAGUGGCCGUGUGCAUAUGGAGGCUGGCGACGGGCGAGCCACUGCGGCUGGUGUCGAAGCGCUUCGGCCUGGGCAUCUCGACGUGCCACAAGCUGAUCCUGGAGGUCUGCGCCGCCAUAAACGACGUCCUGCUGCCCAAGUACGUGCAAUGGCCGGGCGAGGAGCGAGUGCACGAGGUGAUGGAGGAUUUCGAGAGCGUGUCGGGCAUUCCGAACGUGGUGGGAUCCAUGUACACGACGCACAUUCCCAUAAUCGCCCCGAAAAUCAACGUCGGGGCCUACUUCAACAAGCGGCACACGGACCGCAAUCAGAAAACCUCCUACUCCAUCACUCUGCAGGGAGUGGUCGACAUCCGAGGCUCGUUCACGGACGUGUGCAUCGGGUGGCCGGGAUCGAUGUCGGACGAUCGAGUGCUCGAGAACUCGGCAUUGUACCAGAAGGGCGGAAGCGGGUCGCUGCACGGCAGCUGGGUCGUGGGAGGCGUCGGGUACCCUCUGCAGGACUGGCUGCUCGUGCCCUACUCGCACAGCGAGCUGUCGUGGGCGCAGCUCGCGCUGAACGAGCGGCUCAUGGAGAUUCAGAAGAUCGGCAAGGGCGCAUUCAGCCGAUUGAAGGGCCGGUGGAAGUUCCUGCAGAGGCGCACGGAGGUGAAGCUGCAGGAGCUGCCGGCCGUGCUGGGCGCGUGCUGCGUGCUGCACAAUGUGUGCGAGCAGCACGGCGAGGGAUUCGACCCCGAUCUCAACUACGAGGUCGUCGACGACGACAUGUACCCCGAGGCCGCCCCGAUGUCGCUCACGGCCAUGGAAGCGCGCGACUCCAUCGCCCAGCAGCUCAUGCACAGCGUGCACAUGGGCGCCGACUUCCUCUGAGCCCGAGCCUCGAGCCACCGCAGCAAUCACCGAAUGGCGCACUUUCGAAGCACACCUGCAGCAGCAGGCUGGAAAGGUGCCUCGAGCGAGGCAUCCUUCGUCGCGCGAGAGAGAUUCGCGCACUCGAGCAGCAGUGCUGACAAAUCGAUGCCCCCCGAUUGCCGCUCGCCAUGUGCUUCUUCCAUUCGCAGUCCCUCCCAGGCAGCUUCGCUUUCACGACCACGCACUUCCAUCUCCUGCUGCUGCCGCCGAGGCGGACCAGGACGACAUGGCGUGACAUGAGCACCUCCCGCGAAGGUCAAAUGUCCAUGCAACCAGAGGUCGAUUCGGCAUCACCACCACCGCUUCCCGUGAAAGAUCCGGCCCCGCUGCAUGCAGAGUCGCCUUUAGAUCAUGUCCCAAUAGUCAGCAGAGUGCCUUUCUAGUCAAAGACCGACGGCGUGCUCGAUGGGGCCACCGAAUCUGACGAGGCGACUAGCCUUGUCACCUCUUCACCAAACUGUGCCCUAGCUUAGCUUGUUGGAAUCCUCCAUAAACGAGAUCCUCCAUAAGCCCGAGAAUGUGAAAGUGCCGGGCGAAGGACGCUUUCAGAUUUGCCGGCAGUCAUGGCGCUCCAUUCACUACUCAAUCUUUUCCUAAUUUUCUCGUUCUUUC